CCGGGCCAGGGCCUGAGGCGGGGGCAGGUCCUUGAACCCAGCCCGGUGGAUUUCCCACGCGUGCCUGGGUAGUCCUCCGCAACUUCCACACUCCAGCCCAGCUGCCUUCCGUCCUGAGGGGACAGGCCCAGGCGACCGCCAGCUGAACUUGCCUGUGUCGGGCAACCCCGCCCCAGUUUCCCUCUCUUCCUCACUCACUACUUCCUCACUCUCUGCUUUGCGGCCAGCCUGGGGGGACCCGGCCCGUGGCCCUCCCUUGCCUACCUGUCCUGCUCUGCUGAGGGUGGGACGGAGGCAGAGGUCUUCGCGGUCACCUCGCUGUCGCCUCUGUCUCCGGCCGGCCCAGUCCACUCCGUCCUGCCCAGGACCCUGCCUCUGUGCAGAGAACCACAGGAGGCAUGGGACCUGCCUCCAAGUCAUGUCCUGCUCCCCAGCCGGGGAAGGUCCUGCCUCCGCCCUCCCUCUCUACAGCUGACCUAUACUUGCUGGGGCGGCCGAUGGCCAGCUGAGCACCCCACUUCCUUCAGGAGGAGCCCAGGCUCUGAGGAGUAGAAGGGGGGGCUGCAGGCUGGCCUCCCGCUUGACCUCGGAGUGGACCGUACCACAGUGGGGGGAGUGUGGCCCGCCUGUCCCCCUGCUGAGGCUGGGGGCCCCUAAGUGGCGAGGCGGGGCCGCAGGGCCCCUUCUGAGCAGGUCCCCCCUCCGUCCCCCCCCCGCCCCAGAUCGUGUACUUUACGGCUACCUUCCCCUGCAUGGUCCUUAUCGUGCUGUUGGUGCGGGGGGUGUUGCUAUCCGGCGCCCUGGAUGGCAUCAUCUACUAUGUCAAGCUUGACUGGUCGAAGCUGGGGUCCCCUCAGGUGUGGAUAGAUGCCGGGACCCAGAUUUUCUUUUCUUUCGCCAUCGGCCUGGGCGCCCUCACGGCGCUGGGCAGCUACAACCGCUUCAACAACAACUGCUACAAGGACGCCAUCAUCCUGGCCCUCAUCUACAGCGGGACCAGCUUUUUCGCUGGCUUCGUGGUCUUCUCCAUCCUGGGCUUCAUGGCCGCAGAGCAGGGCGUGCACAUCUCCAAGGUGGCGGAAUCAGGGCCCGGCCUGGCCUUCAUCGCCUCCCCCCUGGCCGUCACGCUAAUGCCUGUGGCCCCCCUCUGGGCUGCCCUGUUUUUCUUCAUGCUGUUGCUGCUCGGCCUGGACAGCCAGUUUGUAGGUGUGGAAGGCUUCAUCACCGGCCUGCUCGACCUCCUCCCGGCCUCCUACUACUUCCGUUUCCAAAGGGAGAUCUCCGUGGCCCUCUGCUGCGCCCUCUGCUUUGUCAUCGACCUCUCCAUGGUGACUGAUGGCGGGAUGUACGUCUUCCAGCUGUUUGACUACUACUCGGCCAGCAGCAGCACGACCCUGCUGUGGCAGGCCUUCUGGGAGUGCGUGGUGGUCGCCUGGGUGUACGGAGCCGACCGCUUCAUGGACGACGUCGCCUGCAUGAUCGGGUACCGCCCUUGCCCCUGGAUGAAAUGGUGCUGGUCCUUCUUCACCCCGCUGGUCUGCAUG